AUGCGAGCCGCCGUGGCCCGCGACAAGUUCUACUCUCAGCGGGUCACGAGGGGCGUCGCGGGGCGCCUGCGCGGGCGGGCGGGGCAGCUUGCGCGCGAGCGCAAGCCGUUCACCUUCAGGAAACCCGACUCCGCGGACGACGCCGUCUGCCACGCCGCCCCGUGCAAGAGAAAAGAGGCCUUCAUUUCGCCCGUGGAAACGCUCGCGCGCAUGGUGGGCGGUGGCGCGCUCUGGCUCAACCCCUUCGUCGACAGUCGCGCCCUGGCAUGCGCGUCAUCGCACGGGGCCCGCCGCUCUACUCGAGGCCUCGACGUUGCUGCGAAAUGCAGCCAGGGCGAGAUCCACGAGCAUGGGGGCGCUGGCAAUUGUCACGGGGCGCCGUGCGCGGCGAUCGCCGAGACUUGCCAGCGCGCCUUCGUCGCGGCCCUCGCGCAGAAGCUCCCUGACCCAAGGUCCGCGCAGAAGGGGUGGGCCGGCGGGGGCUGCAGUGGGGUCGCGCUGAUGGGGGGGGGCGCCUCGAAGCCCGACCAGGGGGCGGGCGACUUCCGCCGCGACUGGGCGACCGAGCAGACGGCAGAGGCAGGGCCAACGGUGGGCUGGAGCGACAACGAGCCCGAGGGCACCCGCGCGAAGAUGAAGGAGGAGACCGCGGGCUGGGCCAAGACCGCCGCCCCGGUGGUUUCCGCGGGCAUCAACGCUACUUACGCACCGAAAUUUGUUGUGCCUAGCAAGAUCGUUGGCAUCCCGAAGAGCAUUCCCAUGGACUUCAUGAAGGCGAACACGAGCCUGCUGGACAGCGCCACCAGCAACACCACCGACGCCCUGGUCCAGACCCUGGUCGGGACCCAGCCGCUGUUCGGGCCACGCCCGCAGCGGCUGGUGCUGGACGUCGACUCUGGGGCGCAGGCGGCGGCGCCGGAGGCGGUUGCGGCGGCUGACCCUAGUCUGGAGCGCAUCGCUGGGAAUGAGACGGUGAACGCCACCGAUAACGUCACGAACGCCACCGACAAUGCCACGAGCAGCGACGCCAGCUCCCUGCGCCCUGCGUACGAUGCAUGGUACAGGAGUGGCUGGAUGACGACGUCUCCCGAAGUGAUGGUGAAGCUCGUCAUGCGUCCCCUGAAGCUUCCCGACGAGCCAGACCCCUCUCCCGUGGACGUGAUGCGCAUAGGCGUCUUCAGCAGGCUUCUGCUCGAGGACCUGGCUCCCAAGCUCUUCGAUCUCACGAUGACCGGGGUGUCCUACGACGUUGACGUCUGGACAGGGGGUGCGACGAUCGUUCUGAGCGGCUUCGGGGCGAUGCUUCCUGGCCUCGGAGAGAAGAUCAUUUCCGCUCUCGACGCCUUCGGCAAGAAUUCCGGCACAGUGACCACGCUUGAGCAGAAGCGGUUCACGCGCAUCACGCAGAAGUUGACGGACGAUUUGCAGACGUUCUCCAACAUGCCUGUGUCUCAUGCUUUGCAGGACCUCCAGCUCUUGCUGACGAAGGGCCCGCACGCGGCGCACGAGAAGCUGUUGGCCCUCGAGGAAGUCACUGUGGAAAAUGCGAAGAAGUCAGUCAACGAGCUGCUGUGCUCUCGGCCCAUGGUCCUCACCGCAUCGGUGAUCGGCAACAUUGGCGAGGCCGAGGCGCAGUCCAUGACAUCGGCCUUCACGAAGCAGCUCAAGGAGGCGUGCAUGGACUCGGCGGCUGAGAACAGCACCUACUCCGUGGGCGAGGUGGAACACAUCACACCCGUCGUGCAAGUAGCCCAGCCGGUCGAAGUGCGCGCUCCCAAUCCUCGCAAAGGCGAUCCCAACGACGCCAUUGUGUUCAGCCUGAUCUCCAACGUGAGCACCGUGGAGCGGCGCGUGAAGCUGGCGCUCCUGGGGCAGAUUCUGGACCCGCUGGCCUUCAACGAGCUCCGCUCCCAGCGGCAGCUCGGUUAUGUGGUUCAGGCGGGCAUGUCGCAAUUCUCCAACGUGCUCGCGAUCAAUUGCCUCGUGCAGAGCACCUCCCUGGGGGCCGACCAGCUGGAGGCUGCCAUCGAGUAUGUGCUCACGAAGUUGAUGAUCGAGCGUCUGCACACGCUGACCGCAAAAGAUUUCCUAGGCUACAAGGACUCCCUCCGGCAGAUGCUUGUCCAGCCGCCAGCCUCCAUUGGCGAGGAGAUGGAGUUCUUCUGGGCAUCGAUCGUGAAGGGAGGUCUUUGCUUCGACCUCCGGGAUCAGAUGCUCCGGUACCUCGACGGGCCAGACGUGACGAUAGAGGCGCUGCUGGACGAGUGGACCGAGCUCGCGACCCCGAAGAAGGGCCUGCGGCGCAAGGUGGUGGUCAAGUAUUUCGCAGCUGGUGUGCCAGAUGUACCAAGCCAG